CCGAGAGGGUCCGCGCCGAGCCCAUGGCCGCGCUCAAGUACGCGGGGCUGGAGGACACGGACAGCGAGGAGGAGCUGCCGCCGGGCUGGGAGGAGCGCACCACCAAGGACGGCUGGCUUUACUACGCCAACCACCUAGAAGAAAAAACACAGUGGGAACAUCCUAAGUCUGGGAAGAGGAAACGUGUUGCAGGAGAUCUGCCAUAUGGAUGGGAGCAGGAGACUGAUGAAAAUGGACAAGUCUAUUUUGUAGACCACAUAAACAAAAGGACUACCUACCUUGACCCAAGACUGGCCUUUACAGUAGAAGAUAAUCCAGUAAAACCUACUACUAGACAAAAAUAUGAUGGGAACAGUACUGCAAUGGAAAUUCUCCAGGGUCGUGACUUGAGUGGCAAAGUGGUUAUAAUCACAGGAGCCAAUUCAGGAAUAGGUUUUGAAACUGCCAAGUCCCUUGCCCUGCACGGGGCGUGCGUUAUCCUGGCCUGCAGGAGUCUGGUGCGAGGCAACGACGCCGUGCAGCGCAUCCUGGGGGAGUGGCAUAAAGCCAAGGUAGAGGCAAUGACCUUAGACCUUGCUUCUCUUCAGAGUGUGCAGCACUUUGCUGAAGCAUUCAAAUCCAAGAAUCUGCCCCUCCACAUCUUGAUCUGCAAUGCUGCCGUGUUUGGUGUUCCCUGGUCCUUGACGGAGGAUGGCCUGGAGUCCACCUUCCAGGUGAACCACCUGGGACAUUUCUAUCUUGUCCAGCUUCUGGAAGAUGUUUUAUGUCAGUCAUCUCCUGCCAGGGUUGUUGUGGUGUCCUCUGAGUCCCACAGAUUUACAGAAAUCAACGACUCCUCUGGAAAGCUUGAUUUCAGCCUGCUUUCUCCAUCUAAGAAGGAAUAUUGGGCUAUGUUGGCCUACAACCGCUCCAAGCUUUGCAAUAUCCUGUUCUCCAACGAGCUGAACCGACGCCUCUCUCCCCACGGGGUGACAUCCAACGCAGUCCAUCCUGGAAAUAUGAUUUAUUCCUCCAUUCAUCGUCACUGGUGGCUGUACACUCUGCUGUUCACCUUGGCUCGACCUUUCACCAAAUCCAUGCAACAAGGAGCUGCCACGACUGUGUACUGCGGCACGGCGGCGGAGCUGGAGGGGCUGGGAGGGAUGUACUUCAACAACUGCUGCCGCUGCCUGCCCUCGCAGCAGGCACAGGGAGAUGCCACGGCCACUGCCCUCUGGGAGCUGAGUGAGAGGCUGAUCCAAGAACGAAUUGGCAGCCAGGCCAAAUAGCAGGGAGCUCCUGGAAGGAUCGAAACACACGAGUGUGUGCACGCUCGGAAACUGCCAACGCUGGAACCUGUCCAAUCUUAUCAUCUAGAGG